AAAAGAUUUGAUACUCACAAAAUUCCUCUCUUCCAUCACUUUCUUUCAAAACUUGAAUCAAAUUCUCUUUCCUUUCCAAAAAAAAAACCAAGAGAACCCUUCUUUCAAUCUCAUCAAAAUCACUCAAAAUCAAAUUCAAAAACCAAGAAUUUCAAUUUUCAGAUGUUAUCAUCCACUCGAGAUGAUAAACCAUCGAGCCAGCCGCCGGCCAGCGGUCCAAUCCACCGCCAGCUAAGUCGGUACGAGUCGCAGAAACUCCGUGAUUGGAACACGUUCGGACAGUAUCUCAAUAACCAGAGACCUCCGGUUUCGGUCACUCAGUUCAAUUUCAACCACGUGAUCAAUUUCCUCAAGUACUUGGAUCAGUUUGGUAAGACCAAAGUUCAUCAUCACGGUUGUGCCUUCUUCGGACAGCCUGAUCCUCCUGGACCGUGUACUUGUCCAUUGAAGCAAGCUUGGGGGAGUCUCGAUGCCUUGAUCGGACGGCUGAGAGCAGCUUACGAAGAACACGGUGGAUCGCCCGGUCUCAACCCGUUUGGGAAUGGUGCGAUUAGGGUUUACUUGCGUGAAGUUAGGGAUUCUCAGUCUAAGGCAAGAGGGAUUCAGUACAAGAAGAAGAAGAAGAGGAAGAGAAUCAAUGGCGAAAACCCUAAUAAUCAUCAGAUUGAUCGAAAAGCCAUGAAUGGUGGUGAAGCAACAUCGUCUAAUACCCUUCGCUCUCCCGUUUCAUCGUAAAGGAAUUGCUGUGAUCCAUGCCACAAAAGUUACAUAAGCAGAGCUAAUGGUCGGCUUUCCCACAUAUUUCUAAAUAUACUCUUUAGUCUACCUUUUGGUAUUCAUCAUAAAGUUGUAAUACAUAUAUAGCAUGUCUUGUUGAUGAGUUCAGUUAUACUUGUAACAUUUAUACAUAUGUUUUUUUUUGUCUUCACUCUUUGUUUAAACUAAGAAAAAUAA